UGUCGCUCGGGGAUCGUUCAUUAGAGCCAGGCUUGAGGCUCGCUUUCCUGCCCGGACUGAGGUGAGCUAAACACGGGGUGCGUUACAGUUACCGUGACAGUGGACGUCAAGAACUAGCGGAGCUUCUUUUCCACAAGGAUUCUUCUCACCCAGAUUGGCGGUUGUGAGGACAGAAAGCUACGAUGGCAGUGCUACUAAAUUCUUCCGAGCUGAACCUGGCUCGGGAUGCAGUCACAAAGGUGUCAGACUGGCAGUCUUACAGGUACGACUCUGGCAUCCAGUCUGGCGUCGGCACCGCUGCCCACUCUCUGCGGGGCACAGCAGAAGAGAGCGAUCCAGAAUACAGCAAGAAGUACACCACUACCACCACUACCACCACCUACACACAGGGGCCCAUGCCAGAUUUGGAGUCCCAGUUUGCGAUGACUCACGGUCAGCGUGUUCAGACUGCCAUGUUCCCUGAUACCGUGAUGGAAGGCACCCAAAUCCUGUCCACUCAGGUUGACCUCGGCCAGCAGACCAACAUCCAGAAGUUGGCAGAACCCUCCCAGAUGCUGAAAACGGCCAUAUUGCACCUGAUUAACUACCAGGAUGAUGCUGAGCUGGCUCUCCGCGCCGUGCCGGAGCUCACCAAACUGCUCAAUGACGAGGACCCGGUUGUGGUGAACAAGGCUGCGAUGAUCGUGAACCAGCUGGCGCGCAAGGAGGCCUCUCGCCGCGCUCUCAUGCAGUCUCCCCAGAUGGUGGCGGUGGUGGUGAGGACCAUGCAGAACACCAGCGACAUGGAGACUGCCCGCUGCACCUCCAGCAUCCUGCAUAACCUGUCCCACCACCGGGAGGGGCUGCUCGCCAUCUUCAAGUCUGGGGGCAUUCCCGCGCUCGUCCGCAUGCUCAGCUCUCCAAUGGAAUCGGUCCUUUUCUAUGCCAUCACUUCUCUUCACAACCUGCUUCUGCAUCAGGAAGGGGCCAAGAUGGCUGUGCGCCUGGCUGACGGGUUACAGAAGAUGGUACCCUUGCUGCAGAAGAGCAACCCCAAGUUCCUGGCCAUCACCACUGACUGCUUGCAGCUCCUGUCCUAUGGAAACCAGGAGAGCAAGCUGAUUAUCCUGGCCAAUGGAGGUCCGGAAGGCCUGGUGUACAUCAUGCAGCACCACAACUAUGAGAAGCUGCUCUGGACCACCAGCCGCGUGCUCAAGGUCCUGUCGGUCUGUCCCAGCAACAAGCCCGCCAUUGUCGAAGCCGGUGGCAUGCAAGCCCUGGGUAAACAUUUGAACGGAUCCAGCCCAAGGCUUGUCCAGAACUGCCUGUGGACGCUGAGAAACCUUUCAGAUGCUGCCACCAAACAGGACGGCCUGGAUGGGCUGCUGCAGGUGCUGGUGACCCAACUGAGCUCCACUGACCAGAACGUCCUCACCUGCUCCACGGGCAUCCUGUCUAACCUGACCUGCAACAACGGUCGCAACAAGGCCCUGGUCACCCAGGACAACGGGGUGGAGUCCCUGAUCCAAGCCAUCCUGCGUGCCAACGACAAGGAGGACAUCACCGAGCCCGCUGUGUGCGCCCUGCGCCACCUCACCAGCAGGCAUCCAGAUGCAGAGCUGGCCCAGAAUGCCGUGCGCAUGCACUAUGGCAUCCCCACCAUCGUCAAGCUGCUCAAUCAGCCUCACUACUGGCCUGUCAUCAAGGCUACAGUUGGAUUGAUCCGCAACCUUGCCCUCUGCCCAGCUAAUCAAGCUCCCAUCAGAGAAGCGGGUGCCAUUUCCAGCCUAGUCCAUCUGCUGGUGAAAUCUCAUCAAGAUGCCCAGCGCCAAACCACUGCCAGCUCUCAGACAUACCAGGAUGGUGUGAGAAUGGAGGAGAUCGUUGAGGGGAGCACAGGAGCCCUCCACAUUCUGGCUCGGGACCCCAUCAACAGAUCUGAGAUCAUUAGCCUCCAGACCAUCCCUCUGCUGGUGCAGAUCCUCUACUCCCCGAUAGAGAAUGUGAAGAGAGUGGCGGCCGGCGUGCUGUGCGAACUAGCUCUGGACAAGCAGGCUGCGGAAAUGAUCGACGCGGAAGGAGCCUCAGCCCCUCUGAUGGAGCUGCUGCACUCUAACAAUGAAGGCAUUGCCACCUAUGCCGCAGCUGUGCUGUUCCGUAUUUCCGAAGAUAAGAAUGCUGACUACAAAAAGAGGGUGUCUGUGGAGCUAACCCACUCUCUCUUUAAGCAUGACCCUGCUGCCUGGGAAGCUGCCCAAAACAUGAGUAUGGAAGGACAGAUAUAUGUAGAGGAAAUUGAUCCUGGCUUUCAGCAGUGCAGAACCUAUAAUGCAGACAUGGACGGCAUGAUGGAGUCUGACAUGCAUGAUGUGGUUGAUGGAGACUACCAAGCUGACGUUGGCUAUGAUCUCAUGAUGAGACAGCAAUACCGUGACCGCUAUACCCAUGCAUAGAGCUUCAGCACCACAGCGGAAAGCAACAGACUUACCAUGUAACGGACAUUGAACUUCAGAGCAAAGGACUGGGAGUAGACUGUGAGAAACUGCAGUGCCUGGGACAAACCCUUUCUAUGGCAAUGGUCAAAACAAGAUGUUUUUAAACAAUGUUAUGCUGUCUUGUAUUAUAAAGGCUUUAAACAGAUUUUAUUAUUUUAUUUUUAAGUACUGUGGAUUUUAAAAAAAAAAGGUCAUUUAUUUGGUUUUGUAGAUAACUCAAGUACUCAAAUGCAUUUUUUUUUUCUAAAGAUUAAAAACUUUUUAAAGUUUACGCAGCUUUUCCUUUUUCAGAUUUAACAAUUGUUGGCCAUUUAUUUUUUUCAUGCAAUCUGCUUUGUCAGUUUGUAGAGGUUUAGUGUGGGGGGGGUCAAAAUGGAAGCUAUCUAUGAAAUGAUUUUAUCCUCACAGAUCAUGAUUUCUUUUUUAAUAUUCCUCCAAGGCAAAUGAUAAACUAUAAUACUUGUAAAAUAAGAUUUAUGGUUGCUUAAAGGUUUUUGGUUUUUUUUGAGAGUUUCUGCCAAAGAUUGUUUUUAGAGCAUUCGGUUCCCAUUUUUUUUUUUUUUUUUUUUUUUUUAAGCUGAUGUGCAAUUUUACUGUAAUACAAAUGGGGAUGGGGGCUGAAGUGUCAUUUUAAAUCUACUUUAUUCUUCAUCUAUCCAGCUGAUUUAAACACUGGCCUCCAAGUGUAGCCCAUAUUCCCUUUUCUUUCAGUUAUGUUUCCUUUUGUCUUCGGUUGGUUUAGCAGGUUCACCUAUCAUUGCUUUUUGUUUUUCAAGAUUUAUCAGUUUUUAUUAGUCUGUGAAACCUGCCUCCACUGUGGCUUUCUGAUUUAAAUCACCUCCCGUCCCUCUCCUUGGAGUAGCUUAGCAACUUACCCUACUUGUAACCCACAUGUUGCCCCAAUUUGUUUAAAAUUCUGGAUUUUUCUAUAUGCAGAAAUAAUUGACUUAUUAACGAUGUACGUUUGUUUUUUUGCCGUUUACACCUAAUUUUAAGAGCAACGGGGGGGGGGGGAUUAACAUUUUGCAAAGCUAAAUAUGAAUGUCAAAUGUAAUCUUUGUGCCUCUUGUUUUUUUUUUUUGUAACUUGCUUUAUCAUGGUGUGCUGUUUUUCACUUUGCUUUUUUUAUUUUGAAAGGUGAGGGGAGGGCGCUAAUUUAGUUAAGGCAAUUUGUAAACCAUAUAAUGCAGUGAUGCAGAACAUGAGUAAGUAGGGUAUGAAAUUGAAUGUUUCCUACUAUUAAGAAUUUUUUUUUUUUUUUUGUAUAGACCAUAACCUAAAAAUAAAUUUUAGAAAAAUAAUG